UGCCACGUUCGAGGAUCAUGUGGAACAUCUUCGGAAGGUAUUUCAGCGUUUAAGGGAAAAUGGGGUAAAGCUAAAGCCUCAAAAGUGUAAGUUGUUCGAGAGAGAAGUAGUGUUUUUGGGACGAAUUGUUUCAGAAAGCGGUUAUCGAAUGGACCCUGCAGGCGUAGAGGUUAUCCACCAUUUGAAGUCGUCCCCUCCAAAAAACGUUGGUGAUGUUAGGCGUUUAAUGGGACUGCUAAAUUGCUAUCGGAGAUACAUUCCAAAUUUCUCUAGAAAAGCAAAACCAAUAUACGAUCUAAUUAAGAGUGACGGUGUAGAGACAGGAAAUAGCAAACAUAAUAUGAAAUCGAAAGGACAGUUACCCUCUAGUACUAUUGUGCAGUGGACUAACGAUCAUCAACUCAUCCUUGAAGACCUGUUAGAUCAUUUGGUUGACCCACCUGUGAUGGCCUACCCAGAUUUUACCAAACCGUUUAUAGUGUGCACUGACGCGUCUGAAGAGGGACUGGGAGCCGUCCUGUACCAAAGUCAAAACGGUGAAACAAGAGUUAUUGCGUAUGCUUCUCGAAGCUUGACACCCGCCGAAAGAAAUUACCAUCACCAUUCGGGCAAGUUGGAAUUUCUUGCAAUAAAGUGGGCGAUUUGUGACCAUUUUCGAGACUAUUUGUAUUAUGCCUCGGAAUUUACAGUGUAUACUGACAACAACCCACUCACAUACAUCUUGUCUUCCGCAAAACUUAAUGCAACAGGUUUACGUUGGGUCGGAGAACUGGCAGAUUUCAAUUUUACUAUCAAAUACCGCCCCGGUAAAGUGAACACUGAUGCAGACACGCUGUCAAGGUUGUUGCCAAAUGUCGAUAGUUACAUGGAGAUGUGCACCGAGGAAAUUGCAAUGGAUACUCUCCAAGCCGUAGAGUCAUCAAUUUUGGAACAGCAAGCGAGUAACAUCAGCUGGAUCACAGCUUUUACUACAAAUCAGGAUGUGUUAGAAGAAGAUAUGAAGCACAUUAACAAUGUUUCCAUGAACACCAUUUCUUGUGACGAGAUCGCACUUGCCCAAAGAGAUGACACAGAAAUUAGCAAGGUGAUCAAAUGGAUUGAAUCGAAAGAGAGACCUACUUCGGAAAAAACAUCUAAUGAAUCACGCUAUACACGGUACCUCCUGCACGAGUGGAACAAGUUGGAACUGGACAAACAUGGAUUACUUCGGAGAAAAAGUGGUUUGAAGAAUCAAAUAGUUUUACCUAAAAAGCUCCAUUGGUUGGUGUACGAGGAACUUCACGAGAAAAUGGGCCACUUAGGAGCAGAUAGGGUGCUAGAACUUGCCCGUGCUCGGUUCUAUUGACCGCACAUGCAGAGAGAUGUAGAAUCUUACAUUUCACAUAAAUGUCGGUGUGUGAAGCAAAAAGUUCCUACUUUCCAAACUAGGGCACCAUUACAGUCCAUUACAACAACUGCUCCAUUCCAGAUGGUGUCUUUAGACUUUGUUCAUCUCGAGAAAAGUAGUGGCGGUUACGAGUAUAUCUUGGUUAUAAUCAUGGAUCAUUUUACCCGUUACGCACAAGCCUAUGCAACCCGAAAUAAGUCAGCUAAGACAGUGGCGGAAAAGUUAUAUAAUGACUUUAUUUUGCGUUUCGGUUUCCCAGAAAAACUCGAUCACGAUCAGGGAGGAGAAUUUGAAAAUCACCUCUUCAAACAACUGGAAAAACUGUGUGGUAUUGGACAUUCAAGGACUACCCCGUAUCAUCCGCAAGGCAAUGGCCAAGUGGAACGUUUCAAUCGUACCCUCCUUGCCAUGCUGCGAACCCUACCGGAAACGCAAAAAUCACACUGGAAAGACCACCUCCAGAAAAUGGUUCACGCCUAUAAUUGCACGCGUCACGAGUCAACUGGAUUCUCACCAUUUUAUCUCUUAUUUGGCAGACAUCCUUGUCUACCUAUUGAUAUGAUCCUAAACCUGGAGAGCGAGUCAACUGAAUCACCGAAUUAUAGAGAGUAUGUUAACAACUGGAGCGAAGCGAUGUCUGAAGCGUACAAGAUUGCAAACGAAAAGAGUUCACAAAGUAGAGCGAAAGGGAAAAAGCUAUACGACCGCCGCAUCCGUAGUUCGGAGUUACGACCGGCGGAUAGAGUUCAUGUACGAAAUCUGAGUAAACGAGAUAAACUUUGCAAGCUGCGAAGUCAUUGGGAAGACAAGAUUACAUGUUGUGGUCACUAG